AUGGGACGCACGAAAUUGGAUGCGGAUAAUCGCAAAUUAUCUCAGGAUUACCUUUUGGAGCAAAUUAGCUGUUUUUCAGCAACGGAGGAGGGAAACGAGGGCAUCGUGGUCUAUGCUGACAGUGAAGAUAAACUAAUUGAGGAAAUAACAGAUCAACACUUCUCUGCUGAUAUCAUUGUUGCGUUGGACAUAUUCCUGCUCAAUGGGAAGACCAUCAAAGCGCUGAAGAACGAUAGAGUACGCGGUGUACUGCUAUUUUAUAAUGCUUCGGCAACUGAUGGCAAAAUGUCUGCUAGGUUUUCUGAAGAUGCAGCCUGUCCAAACGAACAGUUC